AUGGAGACAGCCACUUGCACAGAUACUGGAGCCAGCACAUUACAGAUGGAGUUGAUGGACUUUUCCCAAAAGUCUCUGACAAACCAGCCUGCUGCUGCUGUGUCAGCUUGUGAGCAAAAUGAUUUCGCUCGCAGAUCUGCAUACUUUCAGGGAAUGCAACCUAUUGUAAAGAUAAGAUUUCAGCAACCUGUGCAUUCAGUUUACACUAUGCCAGAAUUAUUGAAGAUUGCCGUAACUGCAGCACCAAUGGCUGAUAAUGUUUCUGAUUGUUUGGCUGAGAUUUGUGAUAUAGCAUGGUUUGUUCCUUUGCCAUUUAAGAACGGAUCUGUAGUUUCCGAAGCACUUAUCACAAGCAAUAAGAUCGGCUUCCAAAUACCAGACAAGAAUAUUCUUUUAAAUAUCGAUGGAUACUUAAAUUUCCAAACUGUGUUUGAAGUUGGUGUUGACCCAAAUAUCAAGCAAUUUGACAUUGGACAUGAGAUUGUAGAAAUUGGAAAUUUAAUUUCAAUCCCCAAUCCAUCAAGUCCUCUCUGGUAUUUAUCUGAAAAUAGUCCAGUUCUGAUACUCGGAGGAAUUACUGAUCGCAAGGUGGUCCUCUUAUCUACCAGUGAAUUUGAUGAUUUUACUAUUUUGGAGGUAAGCAUUGACAGUUGUUGGAUCGGCUCUCUUAGCUGUCCUCAGGGAGUGUACUCUGCAACUGUGUAUGAUGCCAUUGCGACAGAAAGUAUGCUGUUCAUUCGGCAAAAUCAGCUAAUGUAUUACUUCAAAGGAAAUUUUAACUUACUUCGCCAUCCAGGUCGGGGAUCAGAUGGAGUUGUGACUUUCGAUUCAUUGGUGGAUUCUCGGGGCAACGUAGUGUGUUUUAUACUUCAAAAAACUACAAGCUUCAGACUUCAUUAUAAGCUUCCUAUAAAUAUUCCCAAAGUGAAACAAGGUUUUCUUUUACUUAUUGGAACUGAAGAUUACACUGACAUUCCAAUGAUACCAAUGGGAAUUACACUAAGCCAUAUGAAUUCAAUGGCCUACAUAUGGGGAAAUUUUUUAUUUACCAGUUACAAUCUUGGUGCAACGUGGCUUGCUGUGCCAGGGGUUCCAAGUCACACCGUUAUCCGCUACUUUAUACCUUCUUGGAAUGGAGAUUUUGCCUUUGUGACUGAUAUUGAAGAAAUUGUCUACGCAGUUGUUCCAAAUGUCACUUCAAAAAUCUUUAAACGGGCAAUCCCAGUGGAAGAAUUAUUAUCUUAUCUGGAGUUCUUUAAUAUUCCUUACAAUACUGAGAACUCUAAUGGCAAUGGCAUCUCAUUUUUCGAUAACUGUCCUUUUGGAGUAAUGUGGAUCAAAACAUUAGCUCCGCCCUUAUUUUACAACCGAAUACAGCAUUACAUAGCAAAGCCACCUUGGAUCUUUUCUGAAACUGGAUUGUAUAAUGAUCUGUCACUGACUGUCUACCAAGGCCUGGUCCAUGGACUGCUGUGGCUGCAUUCUACCUACUAUAGACCAUAUGCAGAUCCAGUUCAUGAUCCAACAUGGAGAUGGUGGAAAAAUUCACGGAAAGCCCAGCAUUACUACUUCUAUCUGGCCAGUAACAAACUUUCUAAAGGUGGAUUCUAUGUGGAAGCAUAUGAUUACCGGAAGCACUAUGAUGCCAAUAUCAAUGAUCCUUUGCCUUCUGUCAUUUAUCUGGAUAAAAGCAGCUCAUAUAAAUUCAUUGUCUACCUGACUGUGAGCAAUGGAAAACCUAGUGUUGAAUAUGAUAUCAAUCAGGUAUGGAUGGCAACACAUGUUUCCUCCCCACAAUAUAUUCUGGUAAAUCUAGAGAGGAAGGAAAUAGUACAUCGAGGCAGCCUAAUGUAUAAGGUCACAGUGAAAGAUCGAGAAUACUAUGCCAAACAGAGUUUGUCAGGUGAAAACCUGGUGGUUCUUACAGUUACAAUAAAGGUGGUGAAUUCUGACCUUGUUUGUUUCCAAGAGUUUAGUAAUAACGUUGUAAUGCAGGGUGGUGCACUUCUGAAAGUCUAUGUCGGAUGUCCACCUGGAAACAGGCUUGCUUUUGAUAUUUCCUACACGCUUCAAUACAGUACCCAGAAAAAUAACAUAUACUUUGACUGCAUCGAGCCUAACAUAGAAAUUCCAUGCUUCUAUUAUGAAAUCCCAUUUUACCCCUUUUUUUUGAUUCAAGACAUGGUGACUGGAAAAUCUGACCGGUUUUGGGGCAAGUAUACAUUUAAAGUUAUCGGAGGUGGACCAUAUACAGAAAGUAAUAUCAGAAUGUUCAGUGAAGAAGAAAUUUUAAUGUAUAACUCAUUGAAUUACAGUUCUGAAUAUGCAGCAAUCUGGGACAUUGUAAAUGCCAAAUCAAGUGAAAUAAUGUCCACAGAAGAUGGUUAUCGUAUUUUCAGUGGUGAUAGCUUUGGAAUUCAAUGGAUUUGCCAGAAGAACUCUCCUUGCAGUGAUAUACCGGCAGAUGGGCUAAAAGGUCCAGAAUAUUUUUUGGUUAUUGAGGUGUCUAAUAGGGGAAUUGAUACAAGCACAUACUGCGACUACAGACUUGAAUUUUUAAUUCAUUUACAUGGAUUGCCCCUUAAUCCUUACCGAGGACUUAUGUUCAUGCUUACAACAUUGUCCAUACUUUGGUUUAUACUGUUUUCCUUCAUUAUCCUUCGCUGCUAUCUAAAUUGGUUUGAAAAGAGAGUGAAAUUGUCAUCAGCUGCCGAUCCAAUGGUCCUGCCUAGUCGCAUAGACUCUCACAGUCAUCUGCUGCUGACUUCCUGGUUUUCUGUCACACUAGUGUUGAUCACCACUCUUUUCCUGCUCCAAACACAGAGCCAUGAAUGA